AUGCUUUUAGACCAAAAGAUGGGACUAGGAGAAGCAUACAUGGCUGGUGACUGGUCAGCGCACCCUGAUCCAAAAGAGCUUUUAAAGCUUCUCAUCCGAGCAAAAAAGCAACACAAACGAAGUAGGUCAAGGAAACCAUCACUUUUGACGAUUUGCCUCAGCUUGCUUGGCGAAACAGCUUUGAACCUCAUUCGAAAGGCGGUAAACACCUAUCGUUACCUUCAGCAUCGAAUAAGAGACAACACUCUUAGCCAAAGUGCUAAAAACAUUGAAGACCACUACGACCUUGGUAACGACAUGUUCCGUAUGUUUCUUGAUCCAUCCAUGACAUAUUCUUGCGCACUUUUCCAAGGUACAAGUUUGCUAAUGGAAGGUUUGGGCGGAUACCACUUGACUUAUUUCGCAGAACCACUGCAACCAGUCGAGCAAGUUGACUUCAAGGUAUUAGAAGAAGCGCAGCAUCGCAAAAUGGACACACUCAUUGACAUGUUGAAUCCUAGCUCUUCUGAUAAAGUGCUAGAGAUUGGUUGUGGUUGGGGAGCUUUUGCAAUCAAGACAGUCAAGAGAAGCAAGUGCGAGUGGACUGGAUUGACAAUUUCGCACGAACAACUCGACUGGGCGAGGCAAAAAGUUGAAGAAGCCGGAUUGGAAGAUAAGAUCUGCUUGAGAUACCAGGACUACAGGUUAUCGACAGGACAAUACGACAAAGUAAUCUCGAUAGAAAUGAUUGAAGCAGUAGGACAAGCAUUUCUUCCUCAGUAUUUUCAA